GGAGACCCCUUCCUCUCCACACAAGCACUCCACCUCCUCCGCGGCCUACCUACCUAGCCCGUCACUGGCACGCCGCCCCCACCACAGAUCCCGGCUACCAUGGACCAGGACCCCAAGGAGCGGCUCCUCCUCCCUCCCCGCGCCGCCUCGAACGGGCCCCACCGCCGCGGCAAGCCCGCGGCGCCAGGCGGCGGCGGAGGAGGGGGCGGCGUGACGAUCGACGUCCACGGCCUGAAGAAGCGCGGCGGCGGGCGGCGGUCGUGGGUGCGGGUGGACGCGGCGACGGGCGCGGCCGAGGCGGUGGAGGUCGCCAAGCCGGCGCUCAUGCGGCGGCUCGACCUGCCCGCGCGCGACCUCCGCCUCCUCGACCCGCUCUUCGUCUACCCCUCCGCCAUCCUCGGCCGCGAGCGCGCCGUCGUCUGCAACCUCGAGCGGAUACGGUGCAUCAUCACCGCUGACGAGGCGCUUGUCCUGCGCGACCCCGACGCCGACGGCGGAGCCGCUGCGGAGGAGGCCGUGCGGAGGUAUGUCGACGAGCUGCAGCGCCGUCUCGUGGACCGCGCUGACGACCUGCCCUUCGAGUUCAUCGCUCUGGAGGUCGCGCUCGAAGCCGCCUGCUCCUUCCUAGACGCUCAGGCUGUCGAGCUGGAGGCUGAAGCUUAUCCACUGCUAGAUGAGUUAACGGCCAAAAUCAGCACCCUUGACUUGGAGCGUGCUCGACGCCUAAAGAGCAAGCUGGUUGCAUUGACUAGGAGGGUCCAAAAGGUCAGAGAUGAGAUAGAGCAAUUGAUGGACGACGAUGGUGAUAUGGCUGAAAUGUACCUCACGGAAAAGAAGAUGAGGAUGGAAGCAUCAUCAUUGGACGAGGAGGGCCUUCAAGGAAUUGCUGGAAAUAAUGUCUUUGGUGCAUCCGUCUCUGCUCCAGUUUCACCAGUUUCGUCGCCCCCUGCGCCCCGGCGGCUUGAGAAGCAAUUUAGUUUUGCUAGAAGCAGGCACAGCAGCUUCAAGAGCUCAGAGAGCAGUCAAUAUAACAUAGAAGAGCUGGAAAUGUUGCUGGAGGCUUACUUUGUGGUUAUUGACUACACUCUCAGCAAAUUAACUUCGCUGAAGGAGUAUAUUGAUGACACAGAGGAUUUCAUCAAUAUCCAGCUGGAUAAUGUCCGGAACCAACUGAUCCAGUUCGAGCUGCUGCUGACCACCGCUACGUUUGUGGUAGCCAUCUUUGGGGUUGUCUCUGGGGUAUUUGGCAUGAACUUUGAGGGGGUCGCCGUGCUUAAGGUGCCUCACGCUUUCGAGUGGACGCUCAUCAUAACAUGUGUUUGUGGCGCGGUCAUAUUCGCCUGCCUCCUGUGGUACUUUAAGAAGAGAAGGUUCUUCCCCUUGUAAAAUGUAUUCUUGCAACCACAGCAUAGUCAUAGCCACACCUGGCUCCUCUCUCGACCCUUCUCUACAGUAAAAGGCGGCCAGAGGAGUCCUGGUUUUCCGGCACUGGAUCUGGCGAUUUCUCCCCGUCGAGGGCCUUGUGCUCGUCGGCGGGUGAGAAACCGUCGGAUCCAGCGGCGCGGAGCUGUAUAGCAGUAGGUUUAGGGCCUUGCUGUUUUGUUUUUCGGCCGUCCGUCGCUCGCCUUCGUUGGUGUGCUCGACGGCGGAGUUUGAAUAAGUUCUCCUCCAGAUCCCUUCAGACGCGGAGCUGUCCUUCGUCGGCCAUGGAUCUGGGAGGAUGGUGUGCCAUGCAGGGUUGGCGUGCCGGCGGCGACGACCCUGCCGAGGCUUUUGUUUCCUUGGCUAGCCGCGUCACGGCGGCGUCUCCUCCAGCGCCGACGGGAAGCCGAGGAUGGCUGUACAGGAGUUCGAUGGCCUCCGCGGGUCGUCUUCUUCGAUGGCGACAGCGGUGGCCAUCUCAGGUACGCGGGUGUUUCGGAGCAGGGAUUGUGGUUAGCGGGAGGCGGAUCCGGCCUUCUCCUUCGACCCUGUUGUUCGAAGUUGGCGGAUUUGCGAUCCGGCGAGCAUGGGGUUGGUCCCGGCCGACGUGCCACAAUGCUCUCGAACCCGCCGUUCGCGGUGGGUCGCUCAUUCGGCUCACAAAGCUUUUCAUGCGAUGGUGCUUCGUCGGAUCACGGCGUGUUGGGCGUUCGUCUUCCUCUCCCUCGACGGUGCUUCGGCGGCGGCGACGGGCGAUGCAGGGCGUCGACGACGAGUUGUGCAGGGACCCCCAAGGGCCUGAUUGUAAUCUUGUUUCUUUUUCUGGGGUGUUUUCUGCUUAUGUUCUGGACACCUGUGUGUUCUGGGUCCUUCGUCUGGGUGCUACUACAUGUGUUGUACUCCUGUUUGCUAUAUGAAUGGCAUGUGGUGCUUCAAAAAAAAAAUGUAUUCUUGCAACCUUCUGCCGCAUGUUGCAGAAAGCAGCAUUCGGCAGUUCAUCAUUUUUCCAGCUUCGCUGGCGUGCAAUUGUA